GUCGGAGCACAGAGAACGGAGAAAACGGCUAUUUACACCUCUCGAUCUUAUAAACGGUGCUUUUAUUUUUUUAUAUUUCAUCGACUAUCGUUGUACUUUUAUGGAUACCGUGAGCAGUCGUUUUAGCUCAGUGGUUAACGUCCAACGCUGCAGCGAGUUAGCAUUUGUUUAAGGUCGUGCAGCUAAUGUUGCUAAUCAAGUUAGCAUUUAAGCUAACUUAGUGAGCUAGCUUGUUGUAAAUGAGAGAACCACUCAUGCCGACUCCACUCACACUGGUUUAGUUAGUCGGGCCAGUCUGGGACUCGGUAUGCUGUAACUGACCGUACUAAUGCAUCUCUUAACUGCAAAGUGAUGGCCUCUUACAAUGUGGUUUUCGCAAUCGAUGUUGGCUAUUGGUCAGAAGAGCGUCACGUCUCCACAGACGAGUGCCAUAAUUACGUGAAGCGGUGGGUUUUAAGAGUUCUUCUUUCCCUGGGCAGUAAAUACGGAUUCGAGAAAGUGCGAUGGGGUUACAGGUUUUUCCACUCGAGAACUGUGCAAGGUGCAGGUCUUAUGACCAGAGGCACAGAUUUCAGAGAACUUCAAGUGAAAGCCUUCGGCGAAUUUGAAGAGGAGCUGGUAAAAUAUGGUGCCAAUCACAAGACGUCUGAUGAGCAGCGCAGACUUCAGCCAAGCCCAGCGAACUGUAUGCAAAAUGCACUGAAGGAGAUUCUUUUGGACUUCCAGUGGGAUAGACCGGACAUAACAUCCCCAACGAAACUGACCUUGCGGCCAAGGAGGUCGUGUCGCAGCAGCAAAAACAUUUCUCUGGCUGAUGACGAGCUUUCAUGUCUUGGGAAAAAUGUUUUGUUUGUGGUCUCCACGUGUCCACAUUCCAAGAGCGAGCUGGAGGAGUUUCUACGUAGCAGCGACAGUGGAGGUCACAGAGAUUUACAUGAGCUUGUCCUGGCAAAACGGAUAAGAGACCUACUAAUUCAGAAGAAAGUUGUCCUUCAUUGGGCCGAUUGCAUUUUUUACAAGGGUAAUUCUGAGUUUGAUGAACACAACGGUUUAAAUACUGUGAUGGAGGUAUUGCAGCAGGUAGCUGGAAAGGUGGUUCCUGUGUUGACACCUUGUUUGGCCUUGAAACAUGAGCAUCCUAACCUGGGUUUUGUGGAUGAAGGAAAACAUGCCUUACCCACUAGCUCAAGCACUGACUACAUUUUAUGCUCUGAAAAGGCAUACCAGCAGGCCUUUCCAGCCCUUGUGGGAACUCUUUGCUGGGGUACAGAUGAGGACAAACAAACCUGCAGCGUGUCCCUUGAGUCUGUGUCAUGCAGACAGAGGCUUCUGUGUGCUCCUAUAGAAGUGACUCUGACAACUCUUCUGCAAGGUUUAGACACCAGCUCCCUCAGUCAUUUAGCGUCAGAGUGCUGGGUCCUGUUAUGCCAAGAUAAACCAGAGCAGGGUCGGUUUCGCUUUCAGGGCCUAUUAAAGGAACUCUCCCAUCAGGCCUCUCACGUGCUAGCAGAGAUCAGUGAAGGAGGUCUGGUCCGCUCUGCUGUACUGUCAGUGCUGUCUCCCUGUACAGCUCUUCUGACAGUUCUUCAGCACCUGCCUGCUCAAUGUGAAGAGGUGCUGGACAAGAGCCUUAUUUCCUCAGAAACUGGAGAGAACUCCGCUGAUCUUCCUGACAUUGUCCAGAGUGUUCUUAGCGUGAUGUAUGAUAUCAUGAAGGAUGAAAAUAUGACAGAAGAAAUGAGUCAUCCUCAGAUUCCUGACUGGGCAAAUCAAGAGCUCCAUCAGUGGACUAAUCUCGCAGCAGAUGUUACAGAAGGCUGGUUUUGUUUGUCUGACCAAACUGGGAUUAGCAGUCAUUUGAUGGAGUCAAUGAGGCUUCUUCAUGCUGCUCCAUCCGAAGAAGAGCAAAUAGAGGAAGAUGCUCACUUGGAGUUAACACACACACUAGCUGAGCUGUAUCAAAGCGGUAGAACUGGAACUAACACGGGCUCGAAUGGCAAAAAAAAAGGUGCUCAGCGUACACCAGUAAGGCAGAAGAUGAAGACAAUGAGCCGCUCCCUGCAGAUGCUGAAUGUUGCUCGCUUUAAUAUAAAAGAACAGAAGAGCCAGGCAGAAGUAGACCUUUCUAACACUGCCAAAGGAACUGAGAAGCAGAACAAGAGAUGCUCUGGUGAAAAGACUAAAUCUGGUCCCAUGUGCUUCAAAAAUGAAGAGGAUCUACUUUCCCAUUUGAAACUUGGAUAUCAACAGGCUGUGGAGGAUCGGAGUUUGUCUCUUUUUGGUGAAGUCCAGAAUCUUCUCUCUGUGGUGAAAAGUUUCAUCAAAAGUCACACCCAUGCAGAGGUUUCAUUCUUUGAUUUAAUCAAGAAGAACCUUUUGAAAAGCCCUCAGUCUAUUCGACAGCUUUAUGGAAGUGCCUCAGACACUGAGAGUAAAAUCAGAGAUUGUCAGGUGCAAGUAGUUCUCAGACUUGAGGUGUGCAGACAGGCAUCUUCAGAUCAAGACUCAGAUAAUGUGGAACAGAUGGUGGAGGAAGUGGCUGGUAUGCUGCAAAUAAUAUCUCGUACAAAUGAUCCUGUUUAUCUUUCCAAGUUCAUGCAGGAGGAGCUUCUGAAACUGUACCUAAAAGACAUUCCUAAGGUCUUGGCAGACAUCUACCAUAGUCUUGGCAUCCAGCUGCCUGAGGCACUUGUUGCUGCCCUGCCCUCUGACUUUUUUAGUGAUGACUCAAUGGCAAAAGAAAGUGUUUCUGUAAGCCCCUCUCCACUUUCAGUCACACAGAGCAUGGUCUCUAGUGUUGGAAAUCAGCUUGAAGAGUUACGCAAUCGCUCUGCUAAAAAGAGAAGAACCAGUAUGCUUUCACGUCAUAAGAGCAUGACUGAGGUUUCGCAGGCUCUCCGACAAAUAGAAAUGCCCAGAAAAUCAACUAGACAGAAAAAGCCAAAGCUGUGUACUUCUUCAGAAAAAAGAAGUGUGGGGAAUCUGCCAUCUCAAAAACAAGCAGUUCAAGAAGUAACAAAGGUGAGGAGAAAUCUCUUCAACCAAGAGGCUGUUUCUCCCUCAAAGAAAGUGAAAAUGCCUCGCAGCCAGUCUGUGUCAGUGUUAGAAGGAAUGAAGAAACGGAAACGAUCACAGAUGGAUGAGGAUCAACACGCUCUGCUGAGGAAAAAAGUCUCAGAGACUCCACUGCAUAAGCAGGUUUCAAAUCGUCUAUUGCAAAGACAGAAAAGUGGCAGGAGGUCUGGUGAAACUGAUAUGUUCAUUAUUGAGGAAUCUCCUGUGAAACCUGCUACCGAUUUGAGAAGAAGUCCUAGAAUAAAAAACCUUGCCAGGAGGCAUUCUAGUGUUUUCUACUCAAGCUCACAACCACGGUCUCGAAAUUUGGACAGAGCCCUGUCCUCCUCACAGCUCCUCAUCUCUGAGGGUAAAGGAGGUAUUAAUGUUGAUGGUGUUAAGUCUCCAAUGAGACUUCUUUUUGGUGCUGCUCAAUCCCCUGUUCGCCCUUCCACAUCCUCUUGGAGACCUAGGGACAGUGGAAAAGUUCGACUUGAGUCCACAGAUUCUGUUUUUGAGAGUUGCAAUAAAACUCCAAGAAAAUCCCCGUAUAAAUCUCCAUAUAAGUCUGCUUAUACAGUAAGCAGCAGAACUCCCAGGACACCAUCUUCUUCUUCCAAGGUUCAAGGCUCUCCAUUCUCUACGAGCCCAGGGCAUAUUGUUGGGGAGAAUGGGAUGAUCCUGAGAGGAAGCCCAUUCAGAUCCCCAGCUGCAAAGAGCAUGGUAAUGGAGACACCCACGAAAAGCCCACUGAAGGGCAUUCUCAGAACUCCAGUGAAGAGCUUUAUGGAACAUGGUACCCUGUCUGGCUCUUGCCCUAGGAGCCCUAGCAUGAAAACACCAAAGAAAAGUGUUACUUGGUCUCCAUCUCCUCGGAAGUGUCCAUCAGAAAAUACAUUUAAGGUCCCAGAGUCUGCACAGUCCUCUAGGAGAUAUUCGCCAACAUUGAUUACACCAAGCAAGUUCUGCAGAUUUCAGGGUGAUGUGUUUAAAACUCCUGACAAACUGACCCAAAGAAAAUGCAAGACAUCCCCAGAAACACAAACAGUAUCUGAAAUCACUGGAAAUAUUGACUUUAAAGAACCCACUUUGGGCCAGAGUUCACAGAACACAAGGAGAACAUUAAGCUUACCAGAGAAAGUUGACCCUCAGAGUCUUGAUAUACUUUCUAUUGAUCAUUCAUCACCACUAACCCCGGAAAUAACAACUCCCAAAAAAAGCCCUGAACCAGAACACAGAAUGUGUACUCGGUCUGGAAGGACUCCACUUAAAAGUAUUUCUACCAUGCCUUAUCACACAGCUAAAUCCCCUCUAGGCAGUAGCCCCUCUUCAAGCAAAGGUGUGUUUUUGCCUGUGAAAGAGAAACCUUCAAAACCAUUUCUGAGAUCACACUCAACUGGGAAUACAUCUGCUAGCACCAGUCAUCCAAAGAGUUCAACAGAUCAUACUGGGGAUAAGCAAACACUAGAUAGAGAUCCUUGGACAACAAAGACUCUUGCAGGACACAAUGAAUCCACUAAGGGAAUGGUGGAGAAGGAAUCAUCUUCAGACUCACAACAGAUUGACUCCUCUCAGUGUAGUGUUACCACCACAGAAGAAAGCAUUGAUAUCGCAGAAGCCUCUGUAGUGAGGACAGAACUUACUGGUGGCAUUAAGAUGAACAUCUCCUUCUCACGGAAGUCCUCUAAAUCCUCAGGAGUUUUUGAAUUCACAGGCACACCAUCUCUUCCUGCUGAAGGAUGUAGCUAUGGCUUUCGUCAGACUCCAGAUCGGCAACAAAGAAAAGCGGCAGCACGUCUUGGAUAUUCACCUGGACUGCCAAGGUUUUCCACUCCCCGAGCAUCAGGAACACCAGGACAAGGGAAGAAGCCUGCUGAACCCAAUCCCCUUACUUAUCAAGUAGAGUUAGAAAUGCAGGCAUCUGGUUUGCCUAAGCUUAAGUUCAAACGUACUGACUCUUUUAGUUCAGGUGAAGCGGCUGAUUAUGGCCUGGCUCCACAUAUUAUGACUGCUAAGGCACCAAAGGUUGACAGCCCACUUGCACAUUGUUCUAAACAUCGAGAACAUGGCUGCAUAUCCCCAAACCUUUGUACACAUGACACACCUGGGAAAGGAGGUGUCCAGACAUACAUAUGUCAGUCCAUCACUCCCACAAGGCUUCCUAAUAAUAGCCCUUCCCCCCUGGGUGCUGGGGAAAACAUGCCUUGGACUCCAUCUCCUCAGAGCAGAGGUUGGUCAACCCCAGAGAACUUAAAUAGUUGGCCUCGUAAAAAAAGGGCAAGGACUGAUAUGUUGGGGACCAAAGAAAACGCCUUCAAGAGUGAGGUGGAGGUACUAGAGGACCCGGAGCUUGAUGGUGUGUUCAGAUUACAGGGGGCAGAAGAUCUCAAGGAGUCAAGAACCCCUGCCUCCAAGUACAAAUUAGUGGCUACACCUCCAAGCUCUAAAGUGAAGAAACCAGUGUCCGUCAGUGGAAUAAUUGCUCUCACUCAGUCACCCUUACUCUACAAAGGAGCAAAGGCCACUGUUACCAAGGAAACCACACAAUCUGAUGCAUCAAAUGGAAACUCAGAGCAGUAUGGUAAUAAGGGUAUAUUAUCCUUAGAAGUUUCACCUUUUAGCCAGCCACGGAAACACCAGGGGUGUGGCAGGACAUACAGCCGGAAGAGACUGCUGGAGUCAUAAGGUGUAGAAGAAUGUCCAGUUUCAGAGGACAUUGUUUUAUUUGUUUGUAUGUAUGUGUUUUAUAAUUGUUGGUCUUCGUCAUUUUUCCAUCAUUUUAAGGGAACAGUGUUGAAAUUUUAUGUACUGUAAUGCAUUUUUCAGCCUGUGUAAAAAUAAGUCUUAAAAAGGGUCAGACAACUUUCUUUACAUUUAUUUAUGUGAUUAUUGUCCACCUUUAAGUCGGUCUUUUCUUUCUUUCUUUUUUUUUUUACAAAUUGUUUAACAUUUUGUCAAUGUUACUUCUUUUUUCCUACUUCACCCAAUUAAGAUGAAUUUUCCCUUUUUUUAUAUUGCAUGAAAGAGUUUGUGAUGCCAGUUAUCAAAAUUAUGACAAUCUAUGGGAACUAGUGUUAGAGCUAGCUGACAGAAAAGUACAUUGCCCAGUGUGGGUGGGAGAGUUCUAGACUUUCCUUACUACAUAACUUCAUCCAUGCCAUUAUCUGAGGGACACUCCUGGCCUACACAAAUCCCAGCAAACACCAAAAAAAUUCUGACUUUUAAUUAUUCUACAGUAAAAAUAUUAUUUAUGGAUAUAACUGUUGAUGAUUAAAGACGUAUGCUAUAGUUCUGGUGCUUCCCUGCAAUUGUAGACUGCUUUUUCUUAAUAACUUGGUGUAAUUCUGAGUAAGUAGGAAACAAGAAAAUAAUUGCAAAAAAUGUUAAACUGUCACUUUUUGAAUGCUGACCUGUAUUGUGCUUCUGUAUAAUGUGAAAUGUGUAAAUGAGAAAUUAUUUUAAUAAAGAUAUAGAUGUUCUUAAGAA